AUGUCUCAGGACAGUGCAUUGUCAACGGAGAAUCUCCUCAAGUCUAUUGACAUGCCUGCCAAAAUUAGUCCAAUUUCAAAAUUUCCGGUCCACCGUGACGAAGACUCGGAACUAUCCCAACUAAACUGGACGUUCACAGUCGGACUAAUAGUAAUUCCCCUAGGAGGAAUACUGAGCCUCCUAUGGAUCCCUAUUUCUGAGCAUAUAUGGAGUAUCAUGCUCGCCUAUAUGAUUAUACGAGGACUUGCUAUCACAGCUGGUUAUCAUCGACUAUGGUCUCACAGAUCGUAUCAUGCUAGUAAGCCCUUGAAACUGGCUUUAGCGAUAGUUGGGGCUGGCGCAGGGCAGGGCAGCAUCAAGUUUUGGUGUCGCGGCCAUCGAGCACACCAUCGCUACGUUGACACCGACAAGGAUCCCUACAAUAUACAGAACGGGUUCUUCUUUGCCCACAUUGGAUGGAUCCUGUUCUAUCGGUCUAAACAUGAACAGAGGAUUGAUCCGAAUACUGGCUAUGUGCCAGUGGAUACCAGUGAUUUAAAAGCUGAUCCAAUUGUGGAAUGGCAACGCAAAAAUUAUCCUCUCCUCUUACUAGUCGUGGCCUAUGUUGUUCCUACCAUAGCAUGUGGUCUACUAAAUGGGGACUUCCUUGGAGGAUUUGUUAUUGUUGGUGUCAUCGGAACCUUUUUCGUCCAACAAGCAACAUUUUGUAUCAACUCAUUUGGGCACUGGGCAGGCUCUCAACCAUAUACAACAGCGAAAUCACCCCGCAACAACUUCUUCACUGCGUUGAUCACUUUCGGAGAGGGGUAUCAUAACUUCCAUCACGAGUUCCCAAUUGAUUAUCGGAAUGGAGUUCGACUAUAUGAUUUCGACCCCACCAAGUGGUUGAUAUGGGCAUGUUCCCAAGUUGGCCUUGCCACGAACUUGAAGCGUUUCCCCCAUAAUGAGAUCAAGAAAGGCAGACUACAACGCAGACAAGAGAUACUCGACAAUGAGAGCAAGAUGUUAAAUUGGGGUCGACCGCUUGCAGAUCUGCCGUUGAUGACAUGGGAAGAAUACCAGCAACAGACUAGAACAGGAUGCAAUCUGAUAGUUAUCAAAGGGAUCGUGCAUGAGGUUUCUGCUUUUGUGACAGAGCAUCCCGGUGGAUCGGCGAUGAUCACAGGUGUAAUAGGCAAGGACGCAACAGAGAUGUUCGAAGGUGGGGUUUACAGUCACUCGGGUGCAGCUUUCAACUUGUUGGAUACAAUGAGAAUAGCUGUAAUUUCUCCAGGCGGACAGGGAUCGUGA